ACUUCAAGAGGGCGGUAAGGGUAGAAAGAAAAAUAUGUCAAAGAAUUCUUAAGUGUAAAACGACGGAUGCUAUUAAUUAAUAUACUAAUUUGUGACUAGCAUACUAAUUUGUGAAUUUAACACAAAAUGUCGUUACAAAAACAGUUACGUGAACUUUCCAAACCGUAUUACUGGAUGAAUAUUGUCCUUUCAAUUUCUUACGUAGUCGCUAAGAAACUCUACCCAUUAUGUACAAGGCUAUUCCACCAUCGGGGCGAGGAAAUGUGUGAAUUGGAUAGCCGCGAAACAGAAAUCUUAUUUUUUCUGCUAAUUGUGGUUAUGAUAAGAUCACGUAAAACUGGAAGUGUAACCAUGGUCAAUUAUCUAUCCGCAUCGUUCCUGUACACAAAAGUGGCCAAUGUUAUUCUUUGGGCAUACAGUGAUUUUAGAUACGGUUUAGCAUUCUUAUUAGUAUGCGUCCUAGUGAGCACUGUAUUACCAGAGCCAUCGUACCGUGGCCCUGAACAUAUCACCUACUUUCGUAACAUGCAAACAUUUGAAGAAGAAUUGGUCCGGGAUAAGCGAAUCAAUUGGAUUAUCUGUUUCUACACAGUGUGGAAUCCGAGCUGUGUGAAUUUUGCCCCAAUUUUUGCUGAACUUUCUGCAGAAUAUAAUUUGGAAAAUUUGAAGUUUGGUAAAGUUGACAUUGGUCGAUUCCCAGAUGUUGCGCAAAAAUAUCGCAUUUCUGAUAGCAGCUUUUCACGACAAUUACCAACUGUUAUACUCUUUAAAAACGGAAAAGAGGAGGAACGACGACCUUGCGGAGAUUCCAGAGGAAAAUUACAAAAAUUCUUCUUUUCAGCUGAUAAUGUAAGAGCCGCAUUUGGUCUUAAUCAACUUUAUAAAGAAUGUGUUGAAAAUCCGUUGAAGAAAACUAAACAAAUAACAACCACUGUGACAGCAGCAGUUAAGAAGACACAGUAAUUGUUAUAUCACUUAGCUAAAUUUUAAUAUCGAAUAAACGUAUUACGCUAACUUUUUUGUUAGGAAAAAUCAAGCCUAAUAAACAUCGAUUUCAUUAAUUCGUAUAUUUAUUUAUUUUGAUUAUCGCUUUUCACUAAUUCAAUAAAGAAUGUUAAAUAUGUGUAAAUAUGCAUUUUGAGCAAUAAAGACAUACCAAAGAAUUAAA